AGUGUGUGCAUUUGUUUGCCUGAGCCGUAUUAGAGUGUCUACAAUAGGUUCCAGGUGAAGGUGCCGGGGCGGGGGUGUAAAAACCUGGAGAGGGGCCUUUGACUGGCACAUUAAAGCGGAAGAAGAUGUCAGAACUGUCAUGAUUGAAGGAUUAAAGAUGGAGCUCAACAUUAACCUGAGAUUCAACACACUUCUCCUCGUAUGCAGCAGCAUUUGUCUCACUUUCACUGGAGCCUCAGAGACCGAGCGGAGGCUCCAUCAGAAGAUCUUCCAGAACUACAACAUGAAAGUCAGACCUGCUCGGUACUGGGAGGAUAAGGUGAUGGUCCGCAUAGGGAUGACCCUCUCUCAACUUGUCAGCUUGAAUGAGAAGAACGGUGAGAUGACAACCAACGUGUUCAUGAAUCUGGCCUGGACAGACUACAGGUUGUCAUGGAAGCCGGAGGAAUAUGACAACAUUGAUGUUCUGAGGAUUCCUCCCAACAAGGUGUGGCGCCCCGACAUCUACCUCAUAAACAAUAAUGACGGUCAGUUUGACGUGGCCUUGUACGUCAACGUCCUGGUUUACAGCGACGGGACGGUCAACUGGCUUCCCCCGGCCAUCUACCGCAGCUCCUGCUCCAUAGAGGUGGCGUACUUCCCGUUCGACUGGCAGAACUGCAGCAUGGUUUUCAGCUCUUACACCUAUGACGCCUCUGAGGUGGAACUGCAGUACUUCCUGGAUGAUGAGGGCAAAGAGAUCCACGAGAUUGUUAUAGAUGAGAAUGCUUUCACUGAGAGCGGAGAAUGGGCCAUCUGUCACAAGCCCUCGAGGAAGAACGUGAAGGAAGACCUGUAUGAGGACAUCACCUUCUAUCUCAUCAUAGAGAGGAAGCCUCUUUUCUACAUCAUCAACAUCAUCAUGCCCUGCAUCCUCACCAGCGUGCUCGCCAUAUUUGUCUUCUACCUGCCUCCCGGAGCAGGAGAGAAGAUGACUCUGUCCAUCUCCGUCCUCAUCGCUCUGACUGUCUUCAUGCUGCUGCUGGCUGACAGAGUCCCCGAGACCUCCCUCGCCAUCCCAAUUAUCGUCAACUACGUGAUGUUCACCAUGAUCCUGGUCACCUUCUCCGUCAUCCUGAGCGUGGUCGUCCUCAAUCUGCACCACCGCACGCCCAGCACGCACAUCAUGCCAAACUGGGUUCGAAUGGUUUUCAUUCACUUCCUGCCCAAGUACAUCGGCAUGAUGAGGCCAAACCCAGAGGAACCAAUGUCAAAGGAGCCUGACGAUGACGCGCCAAUACAAAGCUUCAACGGACGGCAGCCCGGAGGAGAGUACUUCUUUCGCAAGAUCAACCCUGAUCUCGUCAUGCCCUGGAGAGACAGGUGUGAGAGCACGGUGCAGCUCCAGCGGCUCCCGAACACUGACAGCUACUGUCUCAUCCUCCCUCCAAACCUGAAGUCGGCCAUCUCCGCAGUGACAUACAUGGCCGAGCAGCUGAAGAAGCAGGACACGGAUGACACGAUGACAGGAGACUGGCAGUUCAUUGCUCUGGUGGUGGACCGUCUCUUCCUGUGGUUGUUUGUCAUCAUCACCACCCUGGGAACUCUGGCCAUGUUCUUAGACGCCAGCUUCAACUACACUCCUGAUGACCCCUUCCCGUAGAAGACUCACACACACACACUCUCUCUCUCUUACUCUGUCUCUCAGCGGGCCAUGGUGCCACAGACCUUUGUGUGUGCCCACUGAGGCUAAUAUACACUCUCUCUCUCUCUCACACACACACACACACGAGCUGUAGAUCUACAGUCAUCAUUGUGAGACCCUGGAACCUGUUUCUUGUGCCCGAAAUGACCAGUUAUUUCAAUUUGACGAGAAGUAAUCGGCAUUGACGUUCUCAAAAUACAGAAAAAAAGUGGUAUAGCAAUCUUUUACAAGCUGCCACGUAUGUUUGUUUAAUUGUAUAUUCACAAAUGCGAAAUGUAAAUUUAUGCAUACUGUCUUUGUUUCUUUGACUUUAUGAAUUUUGCUGGCUCUUAAAGGUGAAGAUUUAUUGUUUUUUAUGUCCUUGUAAAGUAAAUACAUUUGGGAUCUGGAGUGUUUUUUUGGGAAAAAACUACACAUUUGUAGUUGACA